CAAGUUAUUGGGCGACUUCGGUCAGUUAAUAGCACGUCACCCCCGCUCCCGUAGUUCACAUCUCCUUCCACUCCUGUUGUAAAGUUCCAACCGAACUGAUAUCCUCGACAUUGACGCCUUUCAACCGUGAAGUACCCUGCUUUGCUGUCGCCUGUCGUCCUAAGAAGAUGAGCUGAAUCGAUCGUUUCUCGCUUUCCGACAGCCCCACGCGACGUCUUCGAGCCAAUCUCGAACGAAUUUGUCUCGAAGCGAACAGCGGGAAGCAGCCCAUCCCUAGACCUGCUACGCCGAUUUACCCACCGGGCUAGGAUUGAGAGGAAGAUCUAGCGGGCUGUCUUGAACGGACUCUGCCAGCCGGGCGGAACGCGAUUGAUUUCCCCCGCAGCGAUGGCCUCAGUCGCAUCCGUGGGGACAUCCCCGCGGUCCGGUUACGAGUCGCACCAGGCUGAGUCGCCCAACGAUCCGGACGAGAACCUCUGGUACAUGAUAAAUGGCGUGCCAGGUAGCUCAGCCUCGAGUGCCACCGGCUUCUCCUUCAGUCCGGCGAGCGGAAGUCUGAGCUCGUGGGCAAUGGUAGGGGGCCAUGCACGCCAGAUUCAGCCUUCACCGCCAGGGGCUCUUUCACCCCUGAACCUGGAUUUCGACCAGCCCACCUCACAUCCAGCUUCAAUAUAUGGGGAGACAACUGGCUCAGCCUUUGGCGUUAUACCCGCCCCAGUUGAUGGGCAGUUCAUGAGCCAUAAUUUUGGCCAUGAUGGACAGCAGUUCCUUGCGCCCGGCGAGACAUUUUUCACCGACCACGCAUUCGAGAGCAGCAUUGACUUAUCAGCUUUUAUCGACUCGUUCGGUCCUCUCGACCCCAUCGAGCAACCUUUCCAGACCGGCGGUGCGCAGGUACCUCCUCACCCUCUUCAGUCCAGCCCUAAUGUCCCACCAUGGGAUCCUACGCAUCUCAAAAUGCCAACCGGCGAUUCUCCCAUUUUCACGAUGGAAGACCCUGGCUUCAUUUCGCCGUCUCCACCACACCAUCGGUCGCCAUCUGCUAGCUCGCCGGCGAGUGUGAGCCCACGGUCGCCUAUUCACACGAAGCUAGAGUCUGGGGUGGCCGGUAACGGAAUGAAGUCGACCGGGACAUCGUCAACAGCCCCUAUCACGAUCCGCAGGGUGCGCGGUGGAGCACGCGUCGGGAAGAAGAAAUCGAUCGCCACGGAGUCUCCGACCAACCGCGGUGGCAGCAGCACUGGCAUGAGCCAAUUCCUGAUUGUGACGCCGGACUCAGUGAACGCCCAUAACGGCAAGCCGAACCCGUUCGAGUGUUUCGAAGCGGUGCGGCCGUCGCAGAAGGGUCGCAAGGGCCCGCUGGCCAACGACACUAAGGAGAACGCCCUGCAGGUGCGGAGGGUGGGCGCAUGCUUCUCCUGCCACGCGCGCAAGGUCCGGUGCGACAAGGAGCGGCCGUGCCGGAACUGCCAGAAGCUGAUGCAGCAGGUGCCACAGGUCAUCUGCUGGCAAUUCCAAGACUUCCUGCCGGUGCUGUUCCCAACCUUCAUCAGGGGUCAUUUCAAGAAGGAGGAGAUGGCGAGGUUCAUCACCGAGAACAUCGACUCCUUCACCGUUGACGGCGCGGAGAAGCCGUGCGUGGUGGAGCUGUUUUCGGGCGUUCAAUUUACCACCACGUUGCAGCUCAAGGCGAAGUUCUUCACAGCCAAGGCACCCGACGUGCUGCAGCACUGGCAUUCGCACGUUAGCCGGAACGGCGUCGAUCUGCAGUCGCGAGGAGCGGCGCCCAUCGGCCUGGAGAUGGAGGGCAAUGCCCAGAGAGAUGAGCUGCGGAAGAAGGCCAAGGAGUAUAUCCAGUGCCUCAUCCGGGAACCGGCCUAUGCGGAACAGGUGACGGAUUCCCUUCGGCACACGGACCUGCCGAGGAGGAUACUGCGGAUCGUGCAGCGAUACUCUGCGCGCUGCGACUCCCCCAUAGUCAAGAAAGCCCUCUCCAUCUACACAAUGCACUACGUCAUGACGCGCCACCUCUGCCUCACGCAGCAGUCCGUCGCAAGUCUCCAGUCAACCAAGCUUGUCCCGCAGAACGUGCCCUGGGUGACGCUGCGGGUGCUCAACCGCCAGAUCAAGUCGGUCAUCGACGAGAUGCUCAUGCGCGAGAUGCAGAUCCUCUUCGAGAACUUCUCAAAGUCGCUCAAGCCCAAGUCCCGCAAGGAAUGGGCGCCUUGCAUGGCCGCGUUCCUCGUUCUGUGCCUGUUUAUGGAGGCGGUCGAGUCGGCGGCCGACACCUUCGUCGUGUCGCAGAACGAGCUCGACCUGCGCAACCACAACCCGCCCAAGUGGAAGCGGUCGUUCGCGCUCGACGUCAACAGGGAGGUCGAGAACCUGCCCUUCAAGCAGUUCGCGUACCAGUUCCACCAGGUCUACCAGACGCACAGCAAGGACGCCGCCGCGAAGAGCUUCAACCCGCUCCUGGACGACGGCUCGACCGAGCAGGCCGAGCUGGACGCCGCCUCCAUGGAGAUGGUGCUGAUGCUGCGGCAGUUCAUUCUCGACCCUUCGCAUUGGUCGGAACUCGACUACUUGUGUGCGGAUCCCAUCCUGCCUAACCAGGAGGACCACCCGUAUCCGCGCGACACUACGUAUAAUUACACCGGCCGUCUGGUCGCCAAGUUCUUACUUUCCUUCACGAAUGAGAAGUAUAUAUUUGGGCCGUAUUGAUCGGAACAGCGUUGGCCGGCUUACGGAUGGGCAAGACGGAUGUGGGAGUUCUGGAUCUGAGGCCAGACAAAGGACAUGGAUUCGAAUAUACCCUGGAUGGACACGAGCAUAUGAGAGAGACUUGUAUAUUGGUCAACAUAGAGAUAGAGAUAAUUAUGAGCUUCACCUGCCUCGCAGGGCUACAUGUUAUCUACUCGGAUGGGAGUCAACGACCCUCGGCACACAUCGCAAAAUGUCACGUUGGUACGGUAUCAAGAUGUCUGUCCUGUUUUAGUCCCGCUGGUGCACAGGAUUUCAGCGCCAGCGGGGUGGAUGGGACCGGCUGUCUAGGCCUUGG